GCGCCACAUACCUAUAUGAGAGACUUUCCUCAGAUAUUUUUACUCGCCUGUAUAACACUUACUGCAAUUUUAAAAUUAAAGACCAGCGAGACGAAUAACAACGGAAAACAUUCAGUGUUAAAGAUUGUGUUGUGACGUUCCGCGACUGUUUUAAAAAAAACUUUAUUUCCGGUGCGUGAAUUUAUAUAUGUAUUCGAAUUCAGAUCUCGUGCCCUUGCAAGGGUGAAUGAAUUUCGGUUGUUUGAAGAUUGAAUCUAUUAAAAGAUAAUCGAAAGCAACGAAAAUGUCGGAUCCGUUCGCUCAUUUGAUACAAGACUUUCCCAACUAAAAUCACAUUCAACAUGGGAAUAGUGAGAAGGUUUUUACCCUUUACGCUUCUAUUUAUAAUUCAGGAAAGCGUGAUUCAGUGCCAAGAUGAAACCGAAAAAACAAGCAAAGAAAACAACGACACAAACCAACUGACGUUAGAGGGGUACCGUAAAUUGUUUACAAUUAACAAUCUUGAGGACGAAGUUAAAGAUAUUUUUAACACUGAUUAUUAUAAUCCAAGAAUAAGAUAUUUUAGAAGUAAAAGAAGUCCAAGUCCGCCCGCUAACAUAGCUGCAAUUAGAAAAAAAUUAAACGAUGAACGAAAAAAAGAAGAGAUGAUGGCUGCUGACGCUAAUCCUAGAUUGGAGCCGAAUGAUACGAAUGCGGCAAAAAUUUCCGAUCCAAAUUUCGAUUACGGACUCAAACACAGGAACACAAACUUUGAACAAUUAUAUAACAAACAAAUCGACAAAAUUAGGAUGCUUCACCACCAACACACUUUGGAAAAAUUAAACCAGUUCGAGUCGGGCGUCGACUGUGAUUUCGAGAACGAUUGCCUCUGGACGUGGCGGAAAGAUAUUGUUAAUGGUUUUUUCAUCACUUCUGGUUCCAAAUAUGGAGCUCAUGAAUCUGGACCUAGAACGGAUGCUGAUAAUAGCGAAGGAGGAAGUUUUCUUCUUCUUCGUCCGAAUUUAAAAUCUACAGAAUUCCACGUUCACAGCCCCCCGUUCGCACCUACAGUUUCGUCUUGCAAAUUUGCAGUAUGGAUUUAUCAAGAGAAAAUGGAAGGAGGUACAAUUAGAAUAGUUGGUAGUAAAUCAGAAGACGGCACUCAGUGGUUACUGAAGAAGAUACCAGGUGAUAACAGCAGAGAGUGGCAUAAAUAUGAUAUGUCAGUAGGAAAUAUAUCUAAAAAUUUUACUAUCAUUCUGGAAGUAGUUCCAUUCGAAAAUAUGGAGAUAGGAGCUGCAGUAGCGUUUGAUAAUAUUCAAUUAUUUCAAUGCUACCACAAAAAUGAUUAUUCGUGUUCAGCUCUUCAUUAUAAAUGCAAAGCAACGAAAAUUUGUAUUAAUAGUACGAGUAUUUGUGAUAUCACAAAAGAUUGUAUGCACGGAGAUGAUGAAACUCAAAAUUGUGAUCAAAUGCCUUUUGGCUCCCGUUGCAAUUUUGAAGAUGAUUGGUGUGGUUGGCAAAACGUACACGUUAAAUAUUUGAAAUGGAUUCGAUAUAACGGCUCCACUCCAACUAAUUUAACAGGUCCUAAUAUCGAUCAUACCUACAAAAAUAGAACCGGCAAGUACCUUUUUAUUAAUAUGUUCGCCGACAAAGAUCAAUUUGCAACAUCUGCAACAAUAAGAAGUGUAGAUUUCAAUCCACCUCCACGAGUUCAUGGAAAUUCGUCUUCUAGAUUUUAUAAUUCGUGUGCGAUUCGCUUUUAUCUUCAUAAAAAUGGAGCGCACAAAAGUGCCCUUUUGCUACAAGUAACUGAACUUCGUCCAUCUGAAAAUGUUUCAACUGAGAUGCUAUGGAGUUACGAUGAUCAUGGUCAUCAAUGGGUUAGACAAGUAUUUAUCCUGCCAAAUAUCACUCAUAGAUACUUUAUUCGAUUCGAAGCAAGAAAAGGAAUACGUUAUAAGAGUUAUAUUGCUAUUGAUGAUGUGUCGCUAAGUCCUGAAUGUUUUGGACUUAAUAUACCGAAAGAUGAUCUUAAUGGUUACAAUUAUUGGGACGUCAGGGAAGAACCUGAAACGAUCAAAGAAACUCAUAAAGAUUUCUUGAAUAAAACUAUUUAUAAAAUAACAACUUGUAAUGCAAAAGGGAGAUUUGGUCCAACUCAACCUGAUUGCACUAAAGCAUACAACGGUACCAACGUUCAUAUUAAAGUAGUACAUGAACCGGGAUUGACUGGAGUUCAAAAAUGGGUUGUACCUGUUACAGGGUACUAUACAUUUAUACUGGCCGGGGCGAGUGGUGGCAAAGGAAGUUCCUCAAUGGGUUCUACAAAAGGUGCUGUAUUAAGAACAGUGUUGGAGCUGAAAGAAGGAACUGAAAUUUAUAUGUUGAUUGGUCAAGAAGGAACAAGCUCGUGCGUUAAAAGCCUUGGAAGUCAAAGGAAUUCUUCCUGCCAUUCUAAUCAGAGUUUUGGUACAGGUAUCAGGGGUGUUUUGAAUCUGAGUAUCAACGACAGUGGUGGAGGAGGUGGUGGUGGUACGUUUAUAUUUUUGCGAACUCGUAAUAAAGAAAAAAUUCCUUUGGCUGUAGCAGGAGGAGGUGGUGGCUUAGGUUUAGGUCAUUUUAGUGUCGAUAAUGUAGAACAGCAUGGACGUGGUAUAAAUAAAACCAAGCUUCCGUUCACUGGUCAAAUGUAUAGAAAAAAUGCUGGUGCAGGGGGUGGAUGGAAAAUGUAUCCCGGUCUAGUUGAUCCAUUACAUAAAAUUAUGAUGGGUAGUUCAUUGUUAGCAGGUGGUAUAGGUGGCAAAGCUUGUUAUAACUCCACUGAUGAACGUGGUGAUGGAGGUUUUGGCGGUGGAGGUGGUGGAUGCGCUUAUGGUGGCGGAGGCGGUGGAUUCGCCGGUGGAAAUGCACCAUCAACUAAUUCUACGAACGGAGAAGGAGGAUAUUCGUACCUAGACUUUUCUAAAGCUCUAAGUCAACUAACAUUCGUAGAAAGCGGUUCCAAUACAGGAUCAGGAUACGUUUUGAUUAUACCUGAAAUUGAUGGUUGUCAAUGUGAUUACAAGUGUAUAGCCUUAGAUGAUAGAAGAUCAGAGGUUACGUGUAUUUGUCCUAACAAGUGGAUUUUGUCGGAAGAUAAGAAGACAUGCAAACCUUUAGAUGAUUCACCUACUGAGAGUCCCUAUCCAACUUGGUUCGUAGUGGUACUAAUUGUGACUGUUUUUUGUUUGACUGGUGCCUUUGCAGUUGUAUGUUUUGUAUUAUACAAUCGAUAUCAACUUAGAGCAACUGGAAUAAUGAGACGGAAGAUGAUUACUGGUGCAGACCUUCAACUUGAUAGACUACGAAUGACUUCCGACAGUAUGAUGACUGAAUAUAAUCCUAAUUACGAAUUUGGAGGUGUUGUUUAUACGUUGAAGGAUCUCAAAGAUAUUCCUAGAGAACAGCUUCGUUUGGUAAAGGCUUUAGGACAAGGUGCAUUCGGUGAAGUCUAUCAAGGUUUCUAUCGACAGCGUCCUUGUGACACAGUAGAAAUGCCCGUAGCUGUAAAAACACUUCCAGAAAUGUCAACUUCACAAGCAGAAAUGGACUUUCUUAUGGAAGCACUCAUCAUGUCCAAAUUCAAUCAUCCGAAUAUAGUUCAUUUUAUAGGAGUUUGUUUUGAUAAACAUCCUCGUUUCAUAGUAUUGGAACUUUUGGCCGGAGGAGAUCUUAAGAAUUUUCUCAGGGAGUCCAGGCCUAAGCCGGAAAGAACUAGCCCGUUGUCUAUGAAAGACCUGGUUUUAAUAUCCGUUGAUGUAGCAAAGGGAUGCAAAUACUUAGAGGAUAACCGAUUCAUUCACCGUGACAUAGCAGCUAGAAAUUGUCUUCUUACCACCAAAGGUCCCGGAAGAGUAGUCAAAAUAGCUGAUUUUGGAAUGUCAAGAGACGUUUAUCGGUCUGAUUAUUACAGAAAAGGAGGGAAAGCCAUGUUACCCAUAAAGUGGAUGCCACCAGAAGCAUUUCUUGAUGGUAUAUUCACAAGUAAGACUGAUGUAUGGUCAUUUGGGGUUUUGUUGUGGGAAAUAAUGUCCAUGGGGUAUAUGCCUUAUACGGGUUGUGCAAAUAGAGAUGUUAUGCAGCUAGUCACUAGCGGUGGUAGAUUGGAACCGCCUGCCAAUUGUCCUGGUCCAAUUUAUGGUAUAAUGACGCAGUGCUGGCAUCCAGCUCCCGAGCACAGACCUACUUUCGGAACUAUAUUAGAAAGAUUGGGAUACUGCGUUCAGGAUCCUCAGGUGAUGAGUGCUCCAUUACCAGUUUUUCAACGUCCUCCAUCUUAUGAAAGAGACACGACUGUAAUGCGGCCAUCAGGCUCUGAAGAAAACUGUCUACAGGUGAUACCAACAUCUUCAGACUAUCUCAUACCAAACCACACAAAUCCCACUACCCCUGACCAAAUCGAAUCGACCUCUUCGGUGGAAAAAUUACUUCCGGAUAAUUCGGACAAUUGGGAGACUUCAUUUAUUAUGCCCCAUUCGAGAUCAACACAACCUUUAUUAUUGGAACACAUUAAAGAAGAUGAGGGUGCUUCUGUGGACAAACUUCUAACUAUCGACAACAGUGCUGCAAAUCCAAAAGUCUCGCCAAUGUCGUUACCAGGGAAUAUCCUGACUCAAAGCAAUCAUAACAACAAUACUCAGAAUGACUACAGCCUCAAAUCGGGAGUGUCAUUGGACGCCGGUGCGCUCGCCAAACAAGCUAUGAUGCCUCAGAUUAAUAAGUACGCUAACAUCUCGACUGGAGACGGUCCUACAAGUAACGGAGUUCUACAAAAUGAUCCUUUCGCUAACCACAUUAGCAGUGCUCAAAAAACGGAAAUAAAUUGUUAAAUUUUUGGGUGAACCAGGAGUGUUCCAUUCCAGUUACUCUAAAUUUGCUAUCUCUAGUUUUUAUGAUGUGUCACUUAAUUAUUUUAAUUAAUCUAAGAUUAUAGCCGAACAUCAACCAAAUGCACCAAAUUAUAAUUAAAAACGUGUCAUUUGGUGCUUCAUGAAUAAAUUUUGGGACAUAUUAUAUAACACAGAAAAUCUUUCGGUUUGGUAUCCUUUUGAUCUUUGUUUUAAAUACUCACAUCAUUUGUGGAAAUUACUAAUAAUAUUUUUAUUUACAAUUAAAGUCUCUAUCGUUGAUCAUUUAGCCUCGAGAAGGGAAUAAAUCAUUAAACUACCUCAACUCAAAAAAUUGGUAAUGUAUCUGUUUUUUCUCGGUAACUUUGCCUUUUCAAAUUGUCUUAUAAUUUUAUCGGGAAUUUCAUUUCAUUAAACUUUUUAUUUUCGACACAUUAAACAUUUUAACAUGAUAAAGCAUCCAUCGCACACUCGUGAUUAGUCAGUCUUCUCAAGCCAGUUUCUUCGGUGCAUGCUGAACAUCAUUAGGGGCUGUUGAGGUGUCUUUUUCUUCUUCCUGGGAAGGAGUACGAAAUCUUUUCAACCUCAUUUGGAGAUCAGUAGGCAUGCCAACAGUUUUCAAUCUUCUUCGACUCAGUUCUCCAAUCGUUAAUUCAUGGGCCAAUUGUUUCAAAAAUGGUUUUCUCCGCAUUGAUUCCAAAUUAUUGCCAAGUUAAAGGACUUGAAAAUUGAUUCCACCAAUAAUCAACAUAGUAAAAAAUAUUACCAUUGGCCAACACUUGAUGUUAUUAUAAAAUACUAUGUCUGGUUUCUUCUGAUCGCCUGAAUCAUCGUCAAUGGAAUCGUCACUUUGAAGCAAUGAUACAAGAAUCACAUUCUUUUUUGCCCGUGAACAUACGAGACUAAAGUCUUUCCUUCACUAAAGCCAAAUAAGCUGAUGAAUUGUUUCCUUCCUUUGGUAGCAACAAAUUAUGGUGGCAACUGAAAGAAAAUCUGAAACAAUUUAUUAUUCAUGAUUAUAGAAUAAAAAUAUUACCAAUAUUUUGAAAGAGUCAAAAUAAUUUCAUGUUAGGGCAAAAUGUGCCUGAUAGGCCAGAGUAAUAAAUGCAGGUUAUUUUCACAAAAUAAUUGGUAACUUUCGUAUUAUUUAGACUUUCAAUAAGUAAAAUAAAAAGUUGUAAUGAAAAUAUUUUAAAAGUACUUACCUUUUAUAUUGUAGCAAGUUUAGGCGCAAUGAGCCUACUGGAUCAAAAUUCAAAUAACUGUAUGUUGUGAUGGCCAAGAGGUAAACUGAGAGGGAGGUUACAUAGAGCAUGGGAAAACAAACAGCUACUAGAAAGCAUUGCCUUUACAAGUCAUUGAGAGUGGUGGGGAGAUAAAAAAUGACGGCGCUGUGCCCGACAGAUCAGUUAUGCCCGACAGAGGGUUAAGCAUAGAAAAAUUAAAAACUAUGUGAAUUAAUAACUAUCUAUCACUUAGAAACUUUGUUGCAGAAAAAUUCACCUUUAUGUCUUACGAUAAUAAAUUAUAUCAUAAGGAAUUGUCUGUUACAAAAACAUUUUUAUAGCAAACUUUAUAUAAUAACUGUUCAUGUUAUAUUUGGAAUGGAACAUUUCAUGCGAGUUUAUUAGGACAUAUCGAUGUGUAAAUUGAGAAAGGUUUCUAGAUUUUUUACGUCGAAUAUACACAUUCCUAGAAAUUUUGGAAACGAAUGAGUUGUGUACAGAAUGUAAGUUAGUGCAAAUAUAGUGUAAAGAACUUUUUCUACUUGGAAAAUUUUGUAUCGAUCGGUAAUUUGAUUCUGGAAGAAAGUAAAAUAUUUGAAUCGACGGGAAUGAUAGUUUAUAAGUAUUAUAUUAUCUUUUAAUGUGGUGCAUUUGACGAAUUGAGGUUAUGGACAUAACUGUAUAAUUAUUAAAUGUUAUUGAAACGUUUUUCUUUUCUCCGCAAGUCCGAAAAGACCGAAAAUGUCUUAUUCGUUGAUUACAUUAAAUUAAAUAUCUAAAUCAAUAUGUUUAAGUAAAUCUAUAGUUAUUGUCUGUACCGAUACUCAAAUAUUGUACCGCCUCAGAAUUUGAGAAAUGCCAGUAAUCAAAACUGAUUAAUAUAUAUGAAAUUUUGUAUUUUUGAUAUAUACAAUUAUUUUUUAUUGAAAUAUGGGUUAAAUUGUUUUGCUCAAUUUAAUUCGUUUACAGAUAGAUAAAUUUGUUAUUAAUACAGUAUAUAUUAUUGUAAGAAUAUCUACAUGUUUAGAUUAGCCAAAAUCUACUCUAUCUUUAUAUCCAAGUAAAUUUUGCUUGAUACUGAACUCUUCGAGAGGCGACCAAAGCUUAAAAUUAACAUUUUUAGGGUGUUAUGCUUACCUGCAAUACAUUGAUUGGAAUACAGAAACUUUUAGAGCAUAUUUUUAGUUUUUACAAUUAAUGCAUUAACAGGGGGAGGUUGAAACUUAAUCCUCUCACUACAGAAUUAAAAUACAUGCCAAAUACCAUUAUUAGUAACGAUUGGGAAAACAAAGAGGGUGAGAUUUCAAGUAGAAUGGGAAAACGAGAUGUAUAAUUCAACCCCUUUUAUGUAAGUUAAGAACAAUAGUUGUGGAAUGAGAAUAAAUGGCUGAAUUAUUGCAAUCAUGAGAAUUUUCUUGUAAGAGAUAUUCGGAUUUCGUUUGUGAUUGGCUUUAUUGUCUGUUUAUAACAUUUUUAUAAAUCUAUAGAUCCUUUCAAUGUUCAAAUUGUAAUAAGAAAGUAAUUAGUUCAAAAUUAUAGAUAGAAUUUAAAAUUUCCUCAAUUUCUUAGACCUUUUGAUAUGUUUAUGCUACUAAAUGUUCUUAAUUUGAGGUCUCUUCUUAAACUUAGUUUCUUUUAUAAUUUUUUAAAGACAGAUGUACAUUUCAUGAUGAAAAAGAAACUAAUUUUAAAUCAGAAGAGACCUAAAAUCAGGAACAUUUAGAAACAUAGAUUUUUAAAUUUAGUUAAAAAACAAUAAAAAUUAAUAUUUUAUAUUGUUAUUGUCUUUUUCACGUGAACCAGAAUUUACAUUUGGCAAUUUUACUCUUAUAAAUUGGGUGUAAAAAAAGGGUUACAAAAAAAAGUUUUUAAUUAUUGAAAUAAUCAAUAUUCUUACUAACUUUUACAUUACAUUCGUGGAAAAGACUAAGAUAUUCCCAUCAAUCUUGAAAGAUAUUGUGUUAAUCUGAACAUGUAAUAUUUGAAAAAGUAUGUACCUAUAUUUAUUGUUAUAUAUAAUAAGAGUACUUUUAAUUCAUGGAAUUGUUGACAUCUUUAUUUAGGAACUCUAAAAAUACGUAGACUCACCAAAAUUUGUUGCUAAAACAUUUAUUUCUUUUAUAACGUUGGAACUAAAUAAUUUAUUGGAAUACAUGGUAUUAACUCGGAAAUUAUAAGAGUAGAAAACUACUGUAUUUGUAUACAGGGUACGCAUAUAUUAUUUAUGUGUUUUUAUAAAAUUAUUGAUCUGAAUGUUAAAGGCUUGUUAGUUGUACGAAUGUAUGGUUAUAAGUAAAGUUGUGAAAAAUAAGGUGGUUGAAUGUUGAAAAAUAGAAUCUUUUAUAAGUUAGCUAACAAUCUUGAAAUGAUUAAUGGGGAUAUAUAUCAAGGUUAGAUUUUUUACAUUUUAGUGUAUAAAAACUAUAAAAGUGUUGAAAUAAGUAUGAGAAAUAUUAUGAAAUACUUGGAAGUAAAUAUUAACAAACCUGAAAUACUCUUGUUGUCGUGGCGAGAAUGUCACUCAUGACAACCGUUGUCAAGAGAUGGGAAGUGAUUUUCACACAAACGAUAAUUUGAUAUUAAGCAUUGAAUUUUAUAAAACUGACAUUGACAGUUAUGACACAUUUUCAUUACACUGCUUUCCACUAAGCGUUCACGGCGUCAGAAGUACUCUUUUGUACGUUCCACAUAGCGACUACGAUCGUUGUGGUCGCGGCGAAAACAUCACUCUUGACGUCAUGAUUUUACUUCAAUGUAAGUUGGUUAAAAACUCCACUAAAAAAAUUCAAUAACUACCAAUUAUUGUGACAUAAACUCUUGGAGUUUUUGUAUUAUUUUUGCUGUUUUUCGAUUUGUAAUUAUUAAGACAGGUGACCGGCUAAUUAAAAUCACGUUCUUGGUUAGGAUCCUCAAUCAGGUUAUCUAUCUGGUCCAGAAUCGUAGCUUUCUCUCUUGGAAUUAAUAUAGGGACAUUAAAUAAGAAAUAUUUUCAUUUAUUUUAAUAGUUAAAAUAAUAUAUUUAUGGUUAUUAGUGAUGUAAUUUAAUUUUCAACCACCAGCGAGAUUGGACUAUAAAAUGGAUGCGUGUUAUUUUAAUUUAUUCUCAACUGGUUGAAAUAGACCACAAACUGCUAGUAUUGAAUAGUUUAACAAUUUUUGUAGCGAAUUUAAUUUACAUAAUACGCUUCAGUGUACCCAAAGUUGCUCGGAGGUGAGAAAAAGUGAUAGUUGACAAUUUUGUUUCCGGCAUACCAAGCACCUUUGCGUACAACCUUUAUUGUCGCCAAAUAGUCAUUGUAUAUUCAUAUUCGGUAAACUUAUCUGAUGAAAUUUGAGGAACUGGUCAAAGGAAGUUUGAUAUAUGUUAUUAUUCUCAUGGAAAUAAUUAUUCAUAUUUCAAUAUAUUGAUAAUAAUACUUUGAGCACAGUAGAUUUCCGUAACGCCACGAUUUGCCUAGGCCAUUUUAUAAAUUGACCCAAAAUAAAACGAAGAAGAAAAUUUGUCGAUAUUUCGUUCGAUAAAUAUUGCGUAAAUUAUGUAAUUAAGAUAAAUUAAAACACCUUGAUAUAAAUUAAGUGAAAUUUUUAAUAUUUUUGAUCAUUUUAACAAAUAAAACCAAUUGGUAGUGUCAUCUCUCGGUAUUUAAUAUUACUUUCUAGUGGUCCUACAGUGAAGACUUAAGUUAAUUUACAUAUAAUAGCAUGUGGUUUGUUGUGUAGUUUAAAGUAUUUUGUUUUUUUUUUCUUGUAGUCGUUCGUUAUUUAUAUGGAAAUAUAAAUUAUAGCAAAUAUUAAUCGUGACAAGAGUGAGUGAUAUGAAUAAGGCUACCACAAAUUUCAAAACCAUUUUCUUUACAAUAAAUAUGUUAACUUAUUUGCCUUUCACGCAUUAUGUUCAAUAACAUAAAAUUUUCAUCACUCGAGAGUAGAUUUUAUUCUUUGAAAAGGAAUUAGAUACGCUGGAGAACUUUCCAAAUAGUUUUUCAAGAAUAAUUAUAAGAAACUAAAAUCAGCUGGUUUUGAAUUAUAUAAGGGUUGUUUUAAGGUUUUACCAAAAGUCAAACGAAAACAAGUGUUUUAUUGCUUUUGGAAACAUUCGCCCUCAUAUGCUCAAACCAAUUCUGUGUAAGGACUGUUUUUUAAAUUAUAAAAAAUCAUCCAACGUAAGCCUUCACAUGUGAUAUCCACUUGCUUCUUUUAAAUGUUUACUACAUCGACAACUAGCUUUACAUUAACAAACGUCAAUGCUCAAAAAUACAGUGGUGUCAACAUAUAUGUAAUAAUUCUAUACGGACAGCUUCCAUAAGAGUAAGCUGUUCCGACUAAGGAAGACAGAUAAAAUUAUGGGCACCUUAAUAGUGGGAGGACAUUUCUUCCCAUUUAAACUGUCCAUAUAAAUGUAUUACAUCUAUAAGUGCCACAACUCAUUAACGCCAUCUACUAUUCGAUUGUAAAAACUUGGAAGUCAAUCCUUGUAAAAAACUUUAAAUUAAACGUGACGUUAGGAAACUGAAAUAAAAAAACAUUAUAUCAAUCAACUGUUUCUUAUAUGAUGUUAGAUAAGAUUACGCAAAUGUUUUUGUUUGCAAUUUUUGAAUAUUUAUAGGAAAAAUCAAAAACUUUAUGGUUGUGUAUAGUGCACUUUUUAUUGUACAAAAUCGAUAAUAUUAAAACCCAAUGAUAAAUUCACACUUUUUUAUUUAGAACUUUGUAACAAUAAUAUAGGUUGUGUAUUAUUUAAAUGGUUAUAACUAUUUAUAUUUUGUUGUUCUUUAUAGAAGUCUCGUAGAGGUUAUAUAUCUAGAACGUUUUUAAUAAAUAUCUUCUAAGAUGGCUUACCAUAGAAAAAUAAGUAUUGUACAUAAUUGGGUGUAUUAUAUGAUACCUAUAUCCAAAUGGAAUGUUUUUUCUUAAGUGACAUUGAAAUUUGAAGAAUUGUAUUGUUAUUUUUAUUGAGUAAGAAGAAAUAGUUCGAAAAAAUGUUGGAUAGACUGUCAUUUGGUAAAUUUAACUAUGAAAUUUUGUUUUCAAUGUUUGGUACCAAUAGGUGUUAAUUGGGGAAAGCAAUAAAAAUGAGAUUAAUUUUCAUAAACCAUAUAUUUAUGUAUUCACACUAUAGAAUUUGAGCCUCUGUCUAUUUAGUGGUUGUAUUCUUACAUAUUUAUGAAGAUAUUAUAUGGUCAAGCUAAAACACCAAAAAGCUAUAUAAAUAGAUGUAUACGAGUACCUAUACAACUUAUUGUUAUUGUUUUAAGUCUGCUAAAUAAAUGAACUAUGAACACCUAAGAAUUAUUAACAUAGAAAAUCUAGAAGAUAUAAACAUACAAACAUUAAAGAAUAAAGGUAAAGUAAUACAAAUAAAAUAGUUUGUUUAACUUGUACGUUACAGAAAACAGAACACCUCGUUUGGAUACUGUUUCAAAUAUCUUUGUGGAUUUUGAUCUACAAUCAGGUGAUAGGCGAUCUAUCUGGUUAAUCUGUUUUGGAUUGACAGUGUAAAGCUACAGAGACGGCUUAUGCGUAAUUGUUGAGAAUAAUUUAGAAAUUUGUUUACUAAUAAAGUCGAUAAAAUGACGGUUGAAGAAAUUUCAUUUCGAAGUUUGGCACGUGUGUACAUAUAUUUUAUGAAAACAGUCAUUGUGGAACAAAACACUCUUCAAAUUUCAAUGAUGUUAUGUUAUUAUCAACCGAGAACUAUUUAUGUUGAAGCUGGUGUUGUUCAAAAUAUUUAGUUGCUAUUUAUUAUAAGCUUAAUGUACAUUGCGCCAUAUUUAGACCAUUUAUUGAAAUAAGACUGGAUGUUUAAUUGGCACAAUAUCAGUUUCAAAAUAAGCAGUUCUAUCUAUUGUAAUAAUUAACAAUAUAAAGUCUGUUAUACGUAUAUUUCAAAAAUAUGUAGAACACACUGUAUUUGUUAUCCUACAAUAAAUAUAUAGGUGUUACAAAUA